AUGGAUGCUGACGCACGAACCCAGCUCACUUUACCUGUUAGUGAUAAGCCCUCUCGAAGUCGACGCGUCCGUGAUUUUCGCCGGGGCUACCACGCCUGCGAGCUGUGUCGGAAGAAGAAGAUCCGCUGUAUCGUCGACAAACCUGGGGCGUCAUGCUUGAGAUGUCAACGAGAAGUCAAAGAAUGUGUAUUCAGCGAUGAGCGGUCUCGCCGGAAGCGUAACAAUACUGCUACCAGAAGAGGAUCAUCGGAACAAGGUACGCGUCUAUCUCUAGCCUCUGAUCUUAUGUCCAUCUCUUCACCCUCUGCAACCCAUUUUGCUAACGUGGUGGUGCUUCAACCAGCUCCGGGUUCAGAACAUGGUGUUGACAUGGCGAGUACCUCGCGGGCUCAAGCCAAUUUGAGUCAAGACACGUUUACGGAAGAGCCAUCACAGAUGCUCGACGACAGCAAUGAUUUGACAUUCCCAGACAUUUCUAUGUCAGUCCGUAGUGGACUACCCGAACAACAGCAACAUAACGCUUUGAACGAAGCCUCGCCGUCUAUAAGCUCCACAUGCCCUGCAGGUGAAAUCACUACGACACUUGUUUCGAACGGUAACGACGCAUUACGGCUUUUGUACCAAUCUGCGAUUGAACAUGCCAACAAGGAUGGUUCCUCACCCAACCAUCAAGUUCCUGUACCACGGCAUACACUGGGACGCACCGGAGAUACUUCGAGUCCCGGGACAACUGCCUCUGUCAGGCCACAAAGGCUUAUUGAUGUCUCUACUGCCAAUCAUAAUCCCUUGACGGUGUGGCGGUCCUUCCGCUUUGUCAGAAUGGGCUGGUUUACAGCUGAAGAGGCAGUCAGAUAUAUCGACUUGUUUCAGCAAAAUCUAGCACCGCUAUCCCCGGUCUCAAGAGGCUUUGACCUGAGCCACGAAAAACACUACCGGCUCAUCACACAAGAACCUCUCCUAUGCUGCGUAAUUCUGAUGAUAUCAUCGCGCUACCACGUCUUGAGUGGUCACGGCGGUCUGGCCAGGAGCACUAUUGUGCACCACCGACUAUGGGAGCACUGCCAGCAUCUCGUCAUGAGAAUCAUCUUUGGUCAAGAGAAGCGAUCCAAAGCAAAGACGAGAACUCGAGGAUCCAUCGAAGCUCUUCUGCUGAUCAUAGAGUGGCACCCGCAAGCGAUACAUCUUCCGCCGGCUUCGGAUGGCUGGGACUCGUCUACCUUACUCAGCGAGUUAGAUCCUCGGGAUGACCAGUUCGAUAAUCAGGCUGAUGACACUAACGAUAAUGAAGCUCAGUGGCUUAGAGAUGUGAUCCUCCCAGCCAAGACGUCUGAUCGUAUGUCUUGGAUGUUGUUGGGCUGUGUGCAAUCUUUGGCUCUUGAACUUGGGCUUUGCGAUGAUGGCGAAAGAGGUGACACGGCUACACAACCACCGGGAUACAAAGCCGAGCAGACACGAUUACGGGAUCUGUUGUAUAUAUUUCUAGAGCAGCAGUCCAGCCGACUAGGAUGCCCUUCUAUGAUGCCGACUUCUGUUUCACGCUUCAUGUCAGAGCCCUCCGCAAGAGACGUGCAGGGCAAGUCAGCCACAGUGACAGCAUGGCUCGACCUGACCAAUCUUACCCGAACCAUCAUCGAUGUUCUAUGUCCCUCAGCUGCAGGAAUUAGAGAGAUUCUUAGCAGCUAUUCAUCGCCUCAUGCACACGAAGACUUGACCAUUGAGUUCAAUUAUCUCCGCGCUUUCAUGAAUUCCUUUGGCAUCCAAGCCGCCGUCGAUCGAGUGCUUGGUAGAAGGCCCCCAAACUCGAUCGACACUGAUGUUCUCCAGUCAUCCAUCACGGCAACAGACUACUCUUUCAUCAGGGAAGUCAUUAAUUCGUCAUGCCAAGCUCUAGAGUCAGUGAAUAGGCUCUUCGAGGCUGGUACGCUCCGGUAUUGCCCUGCCCGAGUAUUCCUCCGCAUCAUCAUGGUUUCUAUCUUCCUUCUAAAAGCGCUGAGUCUUGGAAUUCGAACAACAGAUCUGGAGACCUCCCUUGGGGUAUUGGAGCGAAGUAUCCGAGCUUUGAGUAACAGUAGUCUCGACGAGAUGCAUCUAGCUUCUCGGUAUGGAGAGUUGCUGGACAUGCAUCUGGAGAGGUAUAGGCAAAGCAUGGUCCCAACCACGGUUCCACAGGGGAUCCGUGCAGAGGACCAAACCUCCCAAUGGAUAUUCGACAAUAGCGUGCCGCCAGUAGAUGAUUCAUUGGAGGGUUUGUCGAUGCCGGUUGUGGAUGACUGGCUUGCACUGCCGUUUGAUCCAAGUAUGGCUCCAUUCGGCUUCGCUACUGAUGACCCCGACAUGGCCGAGCCAGAAGAUAGGUCAUGGGAUUUCUUAUGGAGCUUACCAAACGUAUAA